GUUCUCUUUCGUAGUGCAUCGCCUCCGUCAACCUUAACGGAAUAUUCUGAUGGUGGCGUCUAAUGUAUUGCUCCUACUUAAGUCUUCUCACAUCUACACCUUUUGGUCACCAGGCCAGUACGAAAUAUUUAUGUCCACCUUCAAUCAAUCCUCUUGGUCGUACUAGAAUUGAACGACGCAAUAUGGCAUCUUCUUUGAAGGCUCGCCUUCGAGCGACCUGGGAUACUUUACUCAUCGAUCGGCACAUGAUCUGCCAGAUGUUCAAGGGAUCUGUUCCGGUAGCCAUAUCUCUAGCUUUCUAUCAGAGCACUGCCGUGUCCGAGGUCUAUACAUCUUUGGGAUUCCUAGUGUCUAUCAUUUCUGUCGUUACAGUCAAUGUUCUACCCCGCGCAAAGUUGAUCGAAAUGACAUUUAACAUCUGUCUCUACACUGCCAUAGCAAUCCCGAUCACCAUGCUUUCCACUUGGUCUGGCAUUCAGGCUCGGCACCAUACGGAUCCACAGAAUCUGCACCAGUAUAAUUCUUCACAGAGUGCAAUCACCGCCAUUUGGCUUUUCUGUAACAUAUUGGUGAGCAACAGUAUGCAGGCUCGGUAUCCUGCACUUCUCAUCCCGACGAUUCUCUACAACAUUUUCGUCAUCGUCCAGUAUACUUCCUGCUCACGAUUCCAUACCUGGGAGCAAUGCUGGAGCCUGAUCUAUCUUACUACUCGAUGCUAUUACACCGGAGUCGCGAUCUCCUUCGUAAGUGGUAUGGUAAUAUUUCCAGUCACUUGUCGAACCGAGAUAUUCGAACUUCAAGAAAAGUUUCUCCAUGGCGUUCGCGAAAUGCUUACCGAAUCUGGAGAGUAUUUGGAGACACUUCAAGCAAUCUCGGCGUUUUCUGUUGAUCAGAAAGAACCGGAUUUACGAGCAACAAUGGCAAAGGUCAAGGGCACAUACGUGCAAAUACAUCGAGAUCUUGCCAUGGCAAAACGAGAGUUUGCUUGGGGAAAGCUAUCAGCCAAGGAUAUUGGCCACAUGAGUGACCUCUGUCGCAGAAUUUUGAUGCCGCUGAGCGGUAUUGCUCAUCUUCCGGACAUCUUGAAACAAGUUCAAAAGGACGGGGGUUGGGCUCCGUCCGAUUAUGAAUCUAAAAUGAAAAUUGGCCAUGCGGAAAUGGAGAAACCUUUAUCAUCGCACGAUUCAGAAGAAUACGACAGGAUCUGGCGAAACUCCAUUGGAGCUCUCCUUGACUCUGCGCAUAGCGUAAUUGCCCUUACAAAGGAUGGCAUCGAACAUGCUGCGCUUCAGCUUGAGAUCAGUCAUCCUGCGACGAAAAGUAAAUUUUCCUUCGGAGCGAAUGCCACCAAUGCAAACAAUAUCGACGUGGAAGCAGAUGGGCAAACGAUAAAUCCUGGCAAUGCUCAAUUUUCACAGCUUCUAGAGGCAAAGUUGAGCGAAUUCAUGGAACGACGUACGGAGGCCUUAACGGUCUGGGCGAAUAGCGAGAGCAGGACAUCCAAUCCAUUGCCGAAUCCAACUUGCCACGAUUCAGACAAAAGUUUAGACGAGUCAUCCGGUACAAAAGUGCACAGGGAUCGCAAGCAACUGUAUUUGAUUCUAUACAUGCAACACAUGAUCCAUAGUACUGGUGUAGCAGUGCUUAACUUGUCACGAUUUUCCGAUGGCGUUGUUGCUAAUGGAACCAUGUCCAGGAAUAAGCUCAUAGUACCUUCCCUAAGAAGAGUCUGGAAUUGGUUUCUCAGUGUAUAUGACACCACAGAUACGCCAUUGCCUGACGAUGACAGACCUAAUCGAAAAGAUGAAAGGAAUCUCAUGUGGAAGACGACAAACCAAAUCGCGCACGACAUCGAUCAUCUCUCACCCCGAAACGCCUACGAAAGAUUUGGAGUUAAGGUCCGAAGGUUCCAGUCGUUUCUUAGGGGACCAGAACUCAGCUUUGGCUUUAGAUCAGCAUGUGCUACCAUGUCAUGUGCGAUCAUCGCAUACCUCCAUCAGACUCAGGAGAUCUUCACUCAUUACCGGCUCAUUUGGUCCGUCAUUAUAGCAGCUAUCGGAGCGAACAUGUCAGCAGGGCAAUCUGGAGUAUCUUACUUCCUCCGAAUCCUUGGUUCUUUCGCGGCCUUGAUCAUCUGUUAUGCUGUGUGGUAUAUUCCUAACGGGAAUGUUCCAGGCGUCAUCGUGGUGAUGUGGUUCGUAGCGUUCUUGCAGAUGUACUUCCUGCUCAGAUGGCCCAAGUAUAUCAUUGGGUGGCUGGUCAUCUUCAUCACUGAAGUUCUUACGAUCGGUUACGAGCUUCAAGUCAGUAAAAUCGGCGUCAAAGCUGCGGAAUCAGGUGGAAUCUACGUUUUCCCGCCCUACUACGUGGCAGCUUUGCGGGUAGCCUGUGUGCUGUGGGGUACCUGUGCAUCCAUCGUCUUCACGUACCUUCCAUACCCUAUUACCGCCAGAGGGCUCCUCCGUUCACAGAUUGCAGUCAACAUGGAGCUCCUCGCAAACUACCACGCCGUCGUACAUUCUACUAUCAAAGCCAGGCUUCGUAACACUGAGGGCGACGCAGCCGACAAGGACAGCCGCGGCCGUGUCUUGUCGCACACACGAAAAGCAAUGUUUAACAAAAUCAUGUUUCUGAAUGCUCAGGUCUCGCACAACGUAUACCUCCAAAAGUACGAACCAAGUCUAGGUGGGCGAUUUCCUAUAGCGACGUUCCAGAACAUUACCUCACAACUUAGUCUUCUCCUCGAAUAUGUCUCGCUCAUGUCCUAUGCAACGCAGGUCUGGUCAUCAAACAACCCAGACGGAUCUCUGCACUAUCAUGAUGGAGAUCGCAAGUGGCUUGUGGAUCUUUCGAAACUGAUCGGACCAGUAAACGCCACAGAGCUCAGCGUGAGCUCGAUGUUCUGUCAGCUCUCAGCUGCUGUUUCCACAGGCCGAUCACUGCCACCGCGCUUAAAUCUGCCGAAAGGAUAUCAUUUGUCGGAGAAGCUUUCGGCACUUGACCCCAAUAUCCUAAGUAGUCAGCAUAUGCAGGAGACUGGCUACUCUGCAUUCGCAGUCAUGGAGGUUAUUUCCAACAUGAUUACAAGCGAACUAGAGGUUCUUGUAACCCAUAUCGAGAGCCUAGUUGGCGUUGUUGACUUUAACUAGCUAGAACCUAAUAUGUAUGAGACCACGUAGCGUAU